UCGGUAACUCCGCCUAUGUCUGCGUGGCGGGCAGGCCAAGGCCGGCCGGGGCCACAGUCUUGCUCUGCAGGCAUGAGGGACGGCUGCUCGAUUGUGCUGCUCCUGCUGGCCACUUCCGGCUACGCGGUGUUCGUGACGAAUCUCCACGCGGCUUGUUUCCGCUGUUUGUGCCACGCUGCCAACGAGUGCUCCACUAAUCGAGCCUGUUCCAUGGGCUACUGCGGCCCUUUCUCAAUCUCGCAUAUCUACUGGGCAGACGCGGGCCGACACGUCCUGCCCGACGACCAUCCAAACCCAAAAGAAGCGUACGAGACCUGCGUGCAGGACUACGACUGCGCAACCAACACUGUGACGGGCUACAUGGAGAAGUACGGCCGGGAUUGCAACGGUGAUGGCGUCACAAACUGUGAUGAUUACGUCAUGAUUCACUACAAUGGAGGCGGCAGUUGCGAGAAGCCAAUCACGGACAAACUCUACAAGAAGAGGUACAACAGCUGCCGGGCAGCAGCCAUCGCCGUGGACUAGCGUGUCUGCACGAACUCUCGCCUGUUCUUGGGAUCGCAGCGAUAUCAGAAAAGUGGAACAACUUGCAGUCCAUGUUUCUGCGUCACCAACUUCAGCAGUUCAUAUGUCAUUUAUUUAAAAAUAAUAUCCAAGAAAAAUUGUGUAUUGUGGCUAUAACUCAUGAUCCACUGCACAAGACAGUGGUGUCAACAGUAAGCAAUUCCAGUCCCACACAGCCUCGUAUUCUUCUACGAGCAGUAUUUUCCCCCGCUUAUUCGCUAAGAGAUUCUAAGACGCAAUUUCUUCACGUUUUAUGACGUCUAAGAAUCGAUGUCGAAAAAUUAUAUCGAAUGAUUAAGGCGCUAUGAAAAUCUUCAUGUCCAUAAAACUGGUCAUGGGACAGAAAACACAAAUACAGCAACAAAGAAUACGAAACUAUUAAUACAAGGACGUUUCAUGUUUGAA